GCCCCUGCCCGCGCCCGUGCCCGCCGUUUCCCUCCCUCCUUCCCCCGCGGCACCAUGUCGGUGGAGCUGGAAGAAGCCGAUCUGCCCCUGACCGAGGCGGAGGAGGUGCCGGUGUCCGCGGAGAAGAAAGCGGCCGCUAAGAAGGCGAAAGGCGGCGGCGGCUCCUCGCUGUCGCCGUCGAAGAAGAAGAAGAACAACAAGAAGAAGAACCAGCCGGGCAAAUACAGCCAGCUGGUGGUGGAGACGAUCCGCAAGCUGGGCGAGCGCAAUGGCUCCUCGCUGGCCAAGAUCUACAACGAGGCCAAGAAGGUGGCCUGGUUCGACCAGCAGAACGGCAGGACCUACCUGAAGUACUCCAUCAAGGCCCUGGUGCAGAACGACACGCUGCUGCAGGUCAAGGGCACCGGCGCCAACGGCUCCUUCAAGCUCAACAGGAAGAAGCUGGAAGGCGGCGGCGGCGGCGGCGACGGGGCCGCGGGCAGCGGCGCCCACAAGUCCCACAAGAAGGCGGCGGCCUCCGCCUCCCGAAAUACAAAGCACUCUCGGGUUGUACAGAACGCUGGUCCCGGCGAAAACGAGAGGGAGAGAACGAGACACUCGGAUACAGAGACGUCGACCGCCGCGCUGGGUGGCGGAAAGGAAACCCCUCGUCCCCCCCUCGCCGAGGGUUAUGGUCGCUUUAUGGGGGGAAAGGAGAUCCCGGGGGCCUGCGCCGCAGCAGCGGGGCUGUGGCCAGGAGCCCCCACCCGCCUGGGGUCAGGGUACCCCAGCGGGACGCCUCCGCACCCCCGAGCGCAGCACUAA